CCGGCGGGCUGCCUAGUCCUCCUCCGUCGUCCAUGGCAGGGGACAGGCCCCCAUCGCCCGGAGACCAGCUGGAGCUCUCGGUGCUCGAGGGGCAGGUGGACGAGCAGACGCCUCUCCAUGGAGCCGUCCAGGUCACCCCUUCAUCGGCCGAGGAGCCCCGUCCGGCCCAGGUGACCCCGAAAAGCCCUUGGAGGGCCUGUAAUAGGAAUUUGUUUGGGAAGUGUAAGCUGUGGAUGGCCAUCACCGCCAUUUUCCUAGGAUUCAUUCUCGUGAUCAUCAUAAGCUUAUGUCUUUUUGGAGUAACUUACAUCGAUGAAGAUGAAAAUGAAAUACUUGAGUUAUCAUCAAAUAAAACAUUCCUGGUCAAGCUGCAGAUUCCAGAGCAGUGUGUUACUGAAGAGGAAUUGCCUCACCUGCUCACGCAAAGGCUCACAGACGUGUACAGUUCAUCCCCAUCUCUGAGUCGUUAUUUUACUUCAGUGGAAAUAGUGGACUUCAGAGGGGAAAAUGCCACAAUAACCUACCACCUGCAGUUUGGGGUUCCAUCAGGAGAUGACAACUUUAUGAAGUAUAUGAUGAGUGAGGAGUUGGUGCUGGGCGUUUUGAUACAGGACUUCCAUGAUCAGAGGCUGUCUGGCUGUGAGACUCUGGGGCUUGGUCCAGAGUCCUUCUCGCUCUAUGAGUGAAGUGGCCGAGGCUGGGCUGUGUGUGAAAACCAUGCUCCCCGGAGCUGUGGGAUGAAGACAGUUCAUUCUGUUUUACAGGAAAGAUACUGUGAAUCAACAUAGAAGGACUUUGAAUGACUAGAGGGCUGAAUACCAUCCUCUUUCUCCUGAUUGUGUGCAGUUAUGAUGUCCAGCAAAACAGAAAGCCAGAUGGGGCAGGAGUGGCGGGGUAGCUGGGGGGACCCUGCAGAGUGAGGUCACUGUUAUUCUUGCAGCACUAGCUGUCUCUACCUACACGUGGACACUUUCUCUCUAGUGCUAGGCUGGACUUUUGGGCAAGAACCCGCCAGCCUGUGCAGGUGGAGAGAGCACAGGGAGAGGCAGCUGCAAGACGAGGGAGAAUAGAACCAGUAGCUCCCUGAUAUCCCCUCCCACUCACCAUUGUAAUACUCAAGCCUGUGAGGAAAGGGAGGGCGGUUUACAGGACCAAAGCAACACAGUCUGUGUCUGUGUCCAGGACCUGUAGCUGCAUUUGUUAGCAAACCAGCCGGCAGGCACAUCAAUGUUACUGUGUAAUUGAUAGCUGCAGAAAUAAGAUGCGUGUUUUAAAUGACUGUUGCUGUGACUCCUGAAUCCCUGUGAGUUUUGAACACUCU